AAGAUGCCCUAGGAGGGCACUUGGGAGGACUGAUCACCUUGUCCAGAAGAUGGAGAUUCUGCUUGGGCUAUUUUAGUAUCGUUUCUUUCUGGUAACCUCAUGUAAGAACUUUUCUCUGGAAACAGGAAGUCAAUUGCUUGCCAAGUUCAGCACAGGGAGUAACAGGACAUGUUCCAACACACCCUGGUCCUAGCCAUAACCCCAGAGCUUGGGCCAAUUUAUUGCUUCCAAGUCCUGACCUCCUCCCUCCGUCAUCCACUGGUGCUGCUGACAGGGUCCUCAGGCUAGUCAUGUCUCCUUCUUUGCUAUGGCCUAGGCCCCUCCCUGGGCAAACAGGGGGUCCAAGCCGAGACCCAGCACUCUCGGUUUCCCUUUGGUUGAGUUGGGGGACAGCUCUGGGGGUGGCAGCCUGUGUGGUGGCACUACUAACCCAGCAAGCAGAGCUCCAGACCCUGAGGGGAGAGGUGGCCCAGCUGAAAGGGAAUGGAGGGUCUCACCAGAAGGGAGAUAGGCAACCUUUGCUGAUCCCCCACAAUCAGGGCACUGAUGAACUGGAAGCUUUGAAGGAGGAGGAAAUGUCUAGAAGGAAGAGAGAAGUCCUCACCCAAGAACAUCAGCACAAGAGAAAACGUUCAGUUCUCCAUCUUAUUCCCAUUAACAGUACCUCCAGAGAGGAUUCUGAUGUGACAGAGAUAAUGUGGGAGCCAGCACUGAGGCAUGGUGGAGGUCUGCAACCACAAGGACAUGUUGUUGGAGUCCGGGAGACUGGAAUGUAUCUCCUGUACAGCCAGGUGCUGUUUCAUGAUGUAAGGUUCACCAUGGGUCAGGUGGUGCAUCGGGAGGGGCAAGGAAGGGAGAUCCUAUCCCGAUGUGUCUGUAGCAUGCCCUCCAACCCCCACCAGGCCUAUAACAGCUGCUACACUGCAGGUGUGUUCCAGCUAUACCAAGGGGAUAUUUUGAGUCUCACAAUUCCUCGGGCAGGAGCCAAACUUGAUCUUACUCCCCAUGGCACUUUCUUGGGUUUGGUGAAACUUUGAGCAUAGAAAAAAGGGGUAGACAUAGACAUGUUUGAAACAGCCAAAGGGUAGGCUAGGCAGUUUGGGGCUGGUAUUUUAGAAUAGAGACUACUUCCUGAUUUUGACCUAAUUUUCUACCCCGUCCCUUUUCCUUCUGUUCUUCCCUCUUUUCUCCCCACUCCUAUGGACAAACUUAGGGUAGAAGGAUAAAGGAUCUGAUGUCCUUAUCACUUUCUGGACCUCAAUACCUAUUCUCAAAGCCUACUCUCCAACCUAGCCUGUACUACUGGAAUUCUUCCACAACAGCAGUACCGCCUAGUGGCAAAUUAGGGACAUUACCUUCUCAGCUCACCUUAACUCCACAAUGCAUCACUCCAAAAUAUUUAACAUAUUCCCACUCUCCCGUGGUCUACAAUUCCUGCCUUCAGAGUGCAUUUUCACACAUUUUAUCAUUCCUCGUUUUUCACCUGGGGUGCCAUUCUCACAUUUAUUCACUGCGUAUUUCAUUGUUCUUAUUGUAAAAGCAUUUAUUAAACAAUCACACUCUUUGAACCUUACUUUUCUCAUCUGUAAAAUGAAAGGAUUAAACUAGGUAACCUCAAGAGUCUAAAUCUGUGAUCCUAAGAUCUAUUUGCUCAAGGUUAUACACUUGGAAAUGUCAGAGAAUUAUACAUUUUAGAGCCAGAAGAUUUUACAAAUAAGGAACUGAGUCCAAAGACAUUAGGAUAACUCAUCCUACAUCAUACGUAUUAAGUAGCCUUCCCCCUUUUAUCCUUCAAUACCACAUUCCUUGACUUAGAUAUUUAUUUAUAGUCUUUCUUGCUCUUCUGGCAUGCUCCAUCCACAUCCCUAAUCAGGUUUCACUUUAUCUAAGUCCCCCACAGCCAUUUCCUGUUGGGCUCUCCUUUUCUAU